ACUUGUUGGAACCAAUAUUGAUAUGCCGCCAUCUAUGUAAAGUGGUGAUAAACUUUCCAGUGCAGUUGGAAGCUGAUAAUAAGUGAUAUAAUGACCCAUACUUGACUAAACAUCUCCUUAUCGCAUCGUCUGUCUGUGUUUUAAUUUUAGUACUGUUCAUUGUCGACGUUUACUCGAUAGGCAUAGUCUCGUGAUCGAAACAAGCAGUAUUUCAUUCCAAUUCCGCGAUAUAUAAUAUUAUCAAAAAAAAAAAAAACGAUAGUUAUCCUGACUUUCUCGUCGCCGCAUCAUCGAGUAAUAAAAGAGGUGCAGGGCAACAAGAUAAUAUAAUUGUUUACCAACUAUUAUCACUUUGUUAAAAACUGGUUUAUAACGAUAAUUAAACAUGUUUUUAUAAUACUUAAUUUAAGUGAUACCCAUCGCGCGAUUGAGGAUUAGUUCAGUUUGUGUCUACAUCGGUCGUCAUUUAGUAAAAAUGGCGAAAUUGGUACUUUUUGUAGUUUCUAUUAUAUUUUUGUUAUAUUUCUGUGAAGCUUACAAAAUUUUAGUAGUCUAUCCGUUCCCGGCGAAAAGUCAUAAUAAUCUAGGAAAUGGUGUAGUGAGACAUUUACUGACAGCUGGGCAUGAGGUUACUUACAUCACACCUUUCCCCUUGACGAAUCCUCAUCCUAAUCUUCGUCAAGUUGAUGUCAACUCUAUUAAAGAAAAUUUUCCAGUGGAUUCGGUCAACAUAAAAGCACUGAUGCAUAAAGAAGUGCAAUUCGCAGAUGACGACUCUAUAUUCUUAGCUGUUUUCAACUUGGCUAAGAGCGCAGUCAUGCACAAAGAUGUGCAGACUCUGCUUAACGAUCCGACACAGCAAUUUGACGUAGUAGUAGCUGAGUGGAUGUAUAAUGAACUAUAUGCUGGUUUUGCUGCAGCGUUUAACUGUCCUUACCUCUGGAUUUUACCCUAUGAACCGUAUGUCAACACUUUGAGUUUAAUUGACGAAGCUCCCAACCCCGCUUAUUCUCCCAAUGUUAUAUCUGACAAUGUUCCACCCUAUACUUUCACACAACGUGUCCAGGAAUUAUGGAAUCAAAUACAAAGCGUCUUUUAUAAAAAACUCUUCCAUGAGAAAAUCGAGAGAGAUUUUUAUGAAGAAUGUUUUGGACCAGUUCUCGCCAAAAAAGGAAGACCUCUACCGUCCUUUGAAGAAUUAAGAUACAACGCAUCUAUGAUUCUAGGCAAUACAAAUCCAGCUACCGGCUUGCCUAUACGGCUGCCGCAGAAUUUUAAAAGUAUUGCAGGAUUUUACAUUGAAGAAAACGUGAAGCCUUUACCACAGGACAUUAAAAAAGUGAUAGACAAAGCUAAACACGGAGUCAUAUACUUUAGUUUGGGCUCAAAUUUGAAGAGUAAGGAUUUACCUGAUGAGAUAAAGACGGGGUUGAAAAACAUGUUCGGGGAAUUUAAAGAAACUGUGGUAUGGAAAUUUGAAGAAGAACUUACUGAUCUGCCUGAUAAUGUCCACGUUAUAAAAUGGGCUCCACAGCAAAGUGUUUUAGCUCAUCCAAACUGCAAACUCUUUAUUACUCAUGGAGGGCUAUUAUCAACUACCGAAGCUGUGCAUUUUGGAGUCCCCACAAUUGGAAUUCCUGUCUUCGUGGAUCAGUUUAAUAAUGUAAACAGAAUUGUGGAGAGAGGCGCAGCCAAACGACUCGAUAUCUCUUAUUCUCUUCCUGAUGACUUGAGAAAGGCUAUUCAUGAAAUGAUAUCUGAUCAUAGGUACACCGAAAGAGCAAAGGAGUUAUCAAUGAUCUUCCACGACCGGCCGGUGUCUCCCGGCGCGGAGUUGGUACAUUGGGUAGAGCACGUUGUGCGCACGCGCGGCGCGCUGCAUCUCCGCUCGCCUGCGUUGCACGUGCCCUGGUAUCAGAAGAUGUACCUGGAUCUCGCCGCUCUUAUAUUACUGACGAUAUUCCUGCUGAAAGUUAUCGUAAAACGCCUUUUCGCAAAGUGCUUUUAUAAGAGUAAAGUAACGAUUGCUCAGAAGAAAAAACAGAAAUAAAAUGUUAAUUCAGUGAAAAUCACAAAAAAAUACACGUAAUGCAAUAAAU